UGUCUCUUCGAGUUUGACAGUGUCGAGCCAGUUUCCCCGCUGAACCCUCUCGUCAAAUCUCUAUGAUUUUUCUUCUGGCGGGAUCCAAUUUUGGUUUUCUUCUGUCCUUUCGGAGUUUCCGAAUUCUCAUAUACUCUUCCAUUUCAAUCUUCAAUGUCUUUUAUUCAUCUUCUUCGCAAAACCAUCAAUAUCACAUCAUCAGGUAUCCCUAAACUUCACGUUCUUCAACAUUGGGAGUUCUUAGUGUUAUCUUCUAGAUACAUUUGCAGCGAACCAAAGGAGCAUCGAUUUUCAGUCACAUACCUUAUAAACAAAUGUGGGUUAUCUCCAGAAUCUGCUUUUUCAGCUUCAAGGUAUGUUAAUUUUGAAACCCCGGAUAAAGCCGACUCUGUUCUUGCUCUCUUCGAGAAUUAUGGCUUCUCGAAAACGCAGAUAGGAAUUCUCGUUAAGGGUCUUCCUCAAGUGCUUUCAUCUGAUCCUGCAAAGACCCUUCUCCCCAAACUCGAGUUUUUCCGCUCUAGAUGUGUUUCGACUACUGACAUCACGAAGAUCUUCUGCUACAAUCCGGGACUAUUGAAAAGAAGCUUAGAGAAGCAUAUAAUCCCUUCGUUUAAUAUCUUGAAAGAGUUGCUAAAAUCAGAGGAGAAGACUAUUGCUUCGAUCAAACGAUUUGGAAAGAUUCUGUUGAUUGAUCUUGACACUUUCUUUGUACCGAAUAUCAACGUGUUGAGAGAAUAUGGAGUGCCUGAGUCGAAAAUCAUCACUCUAAUUCACUACCAGCCAAGGUCGAUUGCAGGCAAGACCCAUAUAUUCAGAGAGAAUGUUGAGGAAGUAAAGAAAAUGGGAUUCAAUCCUUUGAGGUUGAAGUUUGUUCUGGCAGUGUAUGCAUUGAGGACAAUGAGCAGAUCCACAUGGGACACCAAGUUCAAGGUUUAUAAAGAUGGGGUUGGUCUGAGAAAGAUAUAAUUGAAGCUUUUAAGAGGCAUCCAUGGUGUAUGAUGGUGUCUGAGAAAAAGAUUAUGGGGAGUAAUGGAUGUUCUUGUAAAGAUUUGGAUAUUGAUUACUCUGAGAUUGGUUCGAC